AGCACUGCCACGGAUUACAGUGCGCAGUGUGUGGACAGACUGCUCCCCGGUGUAACCUGCUCGGCUUAUCACUGUGUGUUUGUCGUGCUGAAGCUUUUCGCCCGCAUCAAAAAACGAACACAAAUAAAGACGUAAAACAAAAGCGAUGGGGGAAUGACAACAACCCUCGUCCCCGCCUGCGGUUCUCCGUCCCCGAGAAGACCCCAAGGAUGCUGCUACUCUCCAGCCCGCGGAGCGGACGCCAGCGCCGGGCCUCGCUACUGCUGCUGUUCGCCGCGGUCCUGCUCUGUGUUGUCUCUGUAGGUGCUGGCCUCCCAGCUGGCAGUAAAUGCCCCCACCAUAUAGACUGUGCCAAAGAGGGACGCCACUUCUGCAUGCCUGGCUCCUCCCACUGUGGCCCCUGCAUGUCACCGCUGCACGAGAACGAGGAGGGACGCUGUGUGGAGAGGAGGAGGCACCAUCAGCACGGGACCCACUACCCUGAACUGGACGAAGAAAUCGAUUAUCUUCAGUCUGUCAUCGAAAAACAGGAAGUGUUAGAGAUCACACAACCAAAAAGGCCUGUUGCCGUAACCUCCCGGACAGAUGUUAAAAAAAGCAAGAUAAAUGCCUCCAAACACAAACAGAAAAGCAACGCUCCUCCCUCAUCUGAAAGCCUGCAUGCCUUCACCACAGCCCCCGGCCCUACGGUGUCUGCCCCCCCCAACACACCGACUCCACAGCCCAGAGCAACUGGAGUUGAGGGCAGAGCUGGUCCUAUAGUGGUUCCAGCUCCCAGGAAUGACAGAAUUAUUGUCAUCAUAAUCUCGCUGUGCGUCGCGGUGGGUGCUGUCGGAGUGAUCCUGGCAACUGCCUGUUUCAUCAAGUUGCAGAAAGAAUCACGUCUAACUCAGAAGGUAGACUACCCUGCCUUCAGAGGGGCAGGCGUGUCUGCCUCCCCAGCCACCGGCACUACGACAGGAGAUAACACUCUGGCCCAAAGCGCUCAAAUGUAUCACUAUCAACAUCAAAAACAACAGAUGCUCUCAAUGGGAAAUCAUAAACCUGAACAGAAAGUCCUUGACAACGAGGUCACAUCAGAUGAGGAAGAAGUAGGAGGAGACUUCACAGUAUACGAGUGUCCUGGACUUGCACCGACUGGAGAGAUGGAAGUCAAGAACCCUCUGUUCGAUGACUCGACUCUACAUUAUCAGGGGAAUCUCAAGUGAAUGCUGAACACUUUAUGCGUGCGCACACACACACACACACACACACACACACACACACACACACACACACACACACACACACACACACACACACGCGCAGGCAUAGAAGCCAUUUCUGUUUAAGGUCUCAGCAGAGGAUGUGGUAAUAAAAUUGAUUUUUUUCUUGUAGGCCCUUUCUAUAUCUGCUCCAGCUCUGCUUUUAAUACUACAAAUAUGUGUUGGGUUCCUUUUUAAUUUAUUUCUCUCACUGUUUUGGAGCACUCCUGUCUUUUCAAAUAUGGUUUUCAGAGUCCUCCUACAUUUGUCCCUAUAGGUGUUUCUGUCCUGUUUAAAUGUUAAAGUCUAAGUUAAGCUCAUUUUCUGCUCACAUUUUCCUUAAUUACUGCAGCUGUUUCCAAAGAAUGUGAUACAAUGUCAGACAUGUGCACAAUACACACACACACACACACACACACACACACACACACACACACACAUACAUACAUAAGUUGAAAAACAGGUGCCCUCCCUUGCAUUUUGUCAUGGCUAGCUAGUGGCUAAACCGCAUUCCCAACGGAUACCCAGGAAAUAUUUAAAAUCCGAUCUCUGUGAUACCUCUGUAAAAAUAACUCCCUAACACAGCACAGGGUUUAGCAUUGAAAAUGUUACCAGUGGUGUUGCUAAUUUUAUGUCUCGUCAUAUAAGCUGCACAUACAGAUUUUAAGAUUAUAGAAUAUAAAUAUAUAUCUGGAAAUGAAGUACUCUGAUGUCUGUUUGCAUGGUUUACUGUACUGUGUUUGAAUCAUGGCAAUGCUUUGAUGAGUUACUCUGCCUCCUGUAUGUAUGCAUCCUGUUGAUGGAGGAGGAAUGUACAGUAAAAGUGACUUCUAAGCACUUGAAUGAAAUUUUGGAGAAAAACUAUACUGAUGGAUGUGUAGGUGGUAAAUAUCACUAUCUUGUAUCGUCCCUCUUUCCUCUCUGUCCUCUUGUCAUUCCCAAGUUAACCUCGUGCUGCAAAAUGUACAUACAAAGUGUGAAAGUGUUCACCUUUUAUACAUAUUUGUACAUGCAGACCAAGGAAUUAAAACUUUUUACCACAUGUGAAAA